GAGGUUACCCGGUCACACUAUCACAUUGUGUUGCACUUUUUGUGAGGUUUGGAUUAGAAAAUUAUUGGCGCCUCUUUUGCAGAGUUUUGCGACCGACUUCAUUGCAAUAAGGAGCGCCAGAGUGCGGAGAACAUAGCCCGUGACCAUGGACAAGUUUCUGUUGCGCAAUCCCACGUGGAAGACGAAGACGUACGGAUCGGUCGUGGCCAGUUCCGCCGCAGCUGCCAAGAAAACAGCGGCGUCAUCGACCCGCCGACCGUUGCACGAUUCAAAUCUGGGCGACUUCAGGUCCAAAGCAGCGGCACCGUCUCCCAAAUCUCUAUCCCAGGCCCCGGCAGAUGACCAGGCGGCCAGGGAUCGGCUGAUGCUCAAGCCGGCAUUAGCCGUCUCCAAAGCGAUCAGCCAGCACCGCUCCGAGUUCCACCAGGACGAGAACGAGGCGGGAGCAGAAGGAUCUGCAGCAAAACCAGAUCCACCCAUCGGAGCAGCCACGCCAACCAGGCAGGAAGGACACUGGGCCCGACUGCAGCAAGAUCUCAACAGCCCCAACGCUGCACUCCGAUUACGCGCCAUUCGUGCAUUAAAAAGCCCCACCAAGUCGGCAUACAAUACCUUCGAUGUGCCUUUAGCCGAACAAAGCAUCAUCACGAUGGAAGAACGCAAUCCCCAGGAGCCGCCCUCCCUCCCCGAGUUGCUCAAGGACAUAGUCGUAUAUGUGGAGGUGCGAACUGGAAACGACAAUCGCUCUGAGGGCGUAAAAUCAAUUAUUGCCAAGAUGGGAGCCCAGGUCAAAGAUCGCCUAACGCGAACCACCACACACGUUGUCUUCAAGGAUGGCCUGCUCUCCACCUAUAAAAAGGCCACCGAGUGGAAUAUACCAGUCGUUUCCAUUCUGUGGAUUGAAGCUUGCAAGGUGCAGCUGAAAAUAUGCGAUCCCAAGCAAUUUCCAAUCAGCAAUAUACGCAUGUACGAGUAUCCCGAGCUCUUUGGCAAAAUGCCGCGCGUUAAGUUCAUGCAGCCGGACUCCGAGUUGAAUCAGCGACCCCGCAAACGCCAAGGAACACCCACAUCCUCCAAGGACAACGAGCCAGGAUCGACUAACAAACGAGCCCAGACCGGAACUCCAACAACCACCACACCAAAGAAUGACAUCAGCCGCUUUUUCAGAGCCAUUAACCACAAUAAGCCAUCGGAUGAUGAGGCAAUAGAGUCGCCAGCCACCAAACUACUCAACAGGAUAAGCAGUGGAUGCUACACUCCUUUGCCGGCCGGUGGCACUCCCCAGCUGAUGGGAACCAAUGGUAGUGGAGAUGCGGUGGCCCAAAAGGUGCAGGCCCAAAAGAGUUUGCAAUUUGGAGAGCAGACGGACAGCAAUACCCCCCAGGCAAAACCAUCGAGCACUUCACGCCCACGGCGGAGCACAGUGGAUCCACCGCCGGUAAUGACGCCACCAGUGCGCACCACUCGCCGUCGUAGCUGCGUAGCUGAAAUCAGCAGUCCUGCUGCAACGGAUACGAGAAUGACCCGCCGCAGAAGUUCGCUACUCACUUCCACGGUUAUUCACGAGGCCGAUCCAACUCAAACCGCAGUUGCGGAACCCAGAAUGACUCGUCGCAGGAGCUCAUUGCUAGGGAUUGCCAAACAAGCAGAAGAAACCGCCCAAAGGCAAACCAUUCAACCCAUAACGGAGGAGCUGGCUCCCGUUGAAGAGAACAGGAAUUCUAUAAUUAUGGCCGAGACCAAUAUAAUCAACAACACCAAUUGUCUUGAGCAAUCAAUUGAGAUAACUGCCGUGGAGGCAGAAGCUUCUUUUAAAGCGGACAGACGUGGCACGCUCUAUGCCUCAGAAUUGAUGGACAUAAGUUCUCCUCGUCGGCGCAGCGUGGCCAAGUCGAGCUUAGAGUUGAGGCAGGAAAACUUAGCUCCGAGGGCCAGGCAGUCGCUCAGCAACGUGACUACUCAGACGUCCUUUUUAGACGUUGAGCAGCAAGUGACGCCGCUGUUCAGCUCCACACGACUGCCCACAGGCCAGACUACAGGAAAUCGCAGGCGAACUAUUUUUAACAUGGACAUGGACGUGAUCAACGAGAGCAUCGAAAGAAUGAACCAGUCACAUCGAAUGUCCCUAGCCUUGGCCAAUAAGGCGGAGCUGGGCGAGUCUUGCCAAGUCCAUGAACAAGAGCCACCGCAAGCAGAGCCAGUCCCAUCACAAGAGCCCAAAAGGCGGCGCCUUUUCAAUCCAAACGACGAGGUGGUCAUUUCGCCAGCGAUGAGCAACAGAAAGAGUCGUUUGAGCAUAACCGGAUCCGGAUCAUCGAGCUCGGUGCAGAAGCGUCGACGCUCGCUAGCCACUCCCGCAAAGUCUUCAUCAUCAGAGUUGUGUGCCACGACUCCUCUUUCCAAAGCCGUCACAAACAAGGAGGCAGAAAAGUCCAAGAGCAAUACAGAAAUAUCUGAGGCUUCGUUGGAUGCCGUUCCGGAAGUGAAGAAAUCUACAUCAAACGCCGGGGAAGAGAAUGAGAAACCAAAGGGCAAAUCACGUACACGGAUUCGCACGCUAGUCCACACCAACAUGCACCAGGAGCAGAUCAACGUCAUCCGCAAGGCCCUGCGCAAGUUACGCGGCAUGCGGCUGGAUCCAACCGUGACCCAGCACACCACCCACCUGGUUAGCCUGGAGCCGCGACGUACCCUGAAUCUCCUGCGCGGAUUGAUGCGCGGAGUCUGGAUAGUUAGCUACCAGUGGGUGUUGGCCUCCAUUCGGGCUGGCAAGUGGAUCAAUGAAGAGCCCUAUGAGCUGACCAGGUUUUCGCGUGCAAUCGAGAUUUGUCGUACAGAAAGGCAGGCCUUUGGCGUCCACUACCAGUGUGAGUUGUUUCGCUUUAUGGAGCCCUUCUAUGUGUCCUCCCUCUGCCGACCGGUGCAGUUCAACAAUAUGAAGGAGCUGCUCCUGCUGGGCGGUGCCACCCUGACCGAGAACCGCUUCAAGGCCAAGUACAUCAUCGGGGACAAGCGGCGCGCCGAGGACGAUCGCGUCUAUCUCGAUCCUUACUGGGUGCUGGACAGCAUCACGAAUAUGCAAAUUCAGCGCUUUGGCAAAUAUCUUAUGAAGAGCGCCAUUAUCUCGGCCGAUGGGAUCCGGUACGAGGAUCCUAGGGAUCGCGAUGAGGACAAAACACAAAGAAGGCACCUUCACGACUUCGUCGAUCCACCGUUUGUGCUGGACAAAUAGAGAUCAGUGGGUGCAUCCACUUCACUUUACUAAAUAUUUAAGCUAGGACACACAGAGUACCAUUUUCCCACACUGUUUCACCUUUUUGUGCAAAUUACUCCAAUGUAAAUAUAGUUAUAUUUAAAUCC